UUCAAGUUCCCAUCAGUUUUAAGAAGACCACUAUCAUCCUGGUACCGAAGAAAAACAAGGUAACAUGCCUCAAUGACAACCGACCAGUGGCUAUGACAUCCACCAUCACGAAGUGCUUCGAGAGGCUGGUCAUGGCACGCAUCAACUCCAGCGUCCCAGACAAUCUCGACCCACUGCAAUUCGCCUAUUGCCGAAACAGGUCUACAACGGAUGCCAUCUCCCUGGCCCUACACUCAGCUCUGGAGCAUCUGGACAGUAAAGACACCUAUGUUAGACUAUUGUUUAUUGACUACAGCUCUGUCUUCAAUACAAUAAUCCCAAGCAAACUUGUCACCAAACUCCAAGACCUAGGACUCAACACCUCCCUCUGUAACUGGAUCCUUGACUUUCUAACAAACAGACUGCAAUCAGUGAGGAUAGGCAGCAAUACCUCCGGCACGAUUAUUCUCAACACUGGUGCCCCGCAAGGCUGCAUCCUCAGCCUUCCUGAGCUGGUCAUUGACUUCAGGAAAGGGGGUGGUAUACAUGCACCUGUCUACAUCAAUGGUGCUCAGGUGGAGAGGGUUGAGAGCGUCAAGCUCCUGGGAGUGAACAUCACCAACAGCCUGUCCUGGUCAAAUCACGUAGAUGCCAUGGCCAAGAAAGCUCACCAGCGCCUCUACUUCCUCAGGAGGAUAAAGAAAUUUGGUUUGUCCCCUUUGACUCUCACCAAUUUUUAUUGAUGCACCAUAGAAAGCAUCCUAUCUGGAUGUAUCACGGCUUGGUAUGGCAAUUGCUCUGCCCAGGACCGCAAGAAACCGCAGAGAGUUGUGGACACAGCCCAGCGCAUCACGGACACCAGCCUCCCCUCCUUGGACUCUGUCUUUACCUCUUGCUGCCUUGGCAAAGCAGCCGGCAUAAUCAAAGACCCCACCCACCCAAGUCAUUCUCUCCUCUCUCCUCUUCCAUCCGGUAGAAGAUACAGGAGCCUGAGGGCACGUACCACCAGACUUAAGGACAGCUUCUACCCCACUGUGAUAAGACUAUU